AUGGCUCGCACACUUUCGGAUCGUAGCAAGGAAUCUCGUAAGCUCAAACGAUCGGACGCGAUGCCUCUAAAAGCUACGCGUCCUGACUUCACCCCACCCCCCCGGCAGGACCAAAAACGAAGCCCAUCGCUUCGUCCAUGACCUCGACCUCGGAGCCGGUCUCCACUUUUGGUUUCGCUCCUGCACCACCCACGCCCGUUUUCCAGACACCCGUUCCACUCUCACACGUCAUCGAGAAGAACGUUUCUCAAGCGACGAGUGCCCAUUCCGUCCAGCCGCCACCACCCCCGGCGCAACCUGAGCCUCAGCCAACCGUGGGCUCUGAUCAACUCGUCGUUGCUGAACCACAAGAGGAGAUGUUGUUCGACCCACCUUCUCCUUUCAUGAGACCGCACGAAAUCGAGGACCGAGCCGAGGAAGCGGAGGUUGAAGGCUUGGUGCUUGCUCGGGUUGAUGUCGCGAAGACUAGUGGGGUCAAGGGGCCUAAGAAGUCGGUCGGGUCUUUGGGUACGACUACGAAGGCUCGUGGGACGGGAGUGAAGGUUACGAAUGCCAAAAGGGGAAAGGCGAAGUCGAUAAUGGCCAAGCAAGGUGCUAGUAUGGGUAAUCAUCCGAAUUCGAGCCCGGCCGCGGCGAGAGGACGUGGACGUGGACGUGGACGUGGACGUGGACGCGGUGCCAAGGCCGUCGUAGGGAAGAGAGCGGCGACGGGCACUGGUACUGCUACGAAAGUUGGUUCAUCGGCCAAGGAAACUGCGGCGAAGAAUGACAAAGCGAAAAAGGUCGAGGCUGUGCCGGCGCAGGAAGUCGUACCGCAAGCGACGACGAGUGCCGCUCCGGCAGUGACGACGAUAGCGGCAACUCCAGCAGCGGUGGAACAACCUCUCGCCGUUGCAGAGACAGAGAUGCAAACCCAAGGGCGUAGCAAGCGAGCUCGACGCGUCGAACCGGGUCGUUAUGCCGAACCGGCUUCGCCUCCGCCGAAGAAGAUGAAGCUGGGCAAGGGACCGAAGAAGGGGAGGAAGCGCAAGUUUGAUGAUGAUGAGGAUGAUGAGGAAAAGAAGCGUUAUGUGAGUGUGUGCACGAACGAUGAGGGGGGGUUUUCGGUUCGAUCAUAGGACUGAUCGAGGGAUCUCUUGUUGUCGACAGGUCUGCAAUCAACCGGGGUGCGACAAGUCGUUCGCGAGAAACUUCAACUUGAACGCCCACCUCGACACCCAUCGAGGUAUUCGUGAUUGUGAGUCUAUCGAUGCUGGCCUUUCCUCCCGUUGAUGUAUCGAGCCUUUUGACUCUUGAGCUGACCUGGAUUGUGGAUGGCUAAAAAAUGCAUCAGACGCCUGCCACGAAUGCGGCAAGCUCUUCUCGCGGCGCCACGACUGCACGCGCCACUGCGUCGCCGUGCACAACGUCGAUCGCGAAACGGGUAAACUAGAAGUGCUUCGCGUGACGCCCGAACGAGCGCCGCAUCAGAAACCGGGCGUGCAGAGGCAGCCGUCCCCUUUUGCGACGAGUGCGGCGUGGGCGAAUAGUGGGUUGGCCGCGGCGCGGGCGAGUGGGGCGGGCGUGAGGAAGAGGAAGAGUAAUAAUGCCUUGAACGAGGGGAAGGACGGAGCUCCGAAGGCCAAGAAGGGGAAGAAGGUGGCGGCGAAGGCAAAGGUUAAGGCCAAGACGGGUGGGGGGACGGCGGCGCAGAGGUUCAAGAGGAACGCGCCGAAUGGGCAUGGAUCGCAGGCGGGGUUCAAGACGACGGGGUUGCCGAUUAGGGGGAAGCCGAGGAAAGCCUUGGCUGCUUGA